AUGGCCGACCCAUUCUUGGAUACUAUCAAAAGCCUGCGAUCGAAAGCGGCAGCAUUUGGCAGCGAGCCACUGCUCACCCGACCGGAUGGCACCGUCGCCGACCUGGCCAACGGCUACAUACCACUCCUAGCAAACUUUACCUUUGAAGACAAAGCCGCCAAGGGCUUACGGAAACGCAAAGCCGGAGACGAGCGCGAGGUCCCGGUCUACUUCUCCGCUGUCGAAGUUGUACGCGACAACAGGAUCCUGUUCCUCACUGGCACCGGUGGGAGCGGGAAAACUACAUUCGCGAAAUAUGUUAGCUAUCGGAUGGCAACAGACGGCUUCCGGGAGUCCCGUGCAGUGAUUCGCAACGAGCUGGGGGAUUCGCACGAAGAAAAUUGGAAACCUGGCAAGCUUGAGCCAUAUUACUUCUUCGUCGAUGGGGCCGACUCUCUCCGGACAUUUGUUGAGAAAAUUGUCCCGGAACUAUUGGCAUCGAGGGGCGUCCAUGAAAGCGGCUUCCAAAUCAUCAUAGACGGGGUCGAUAGGGCUGCGGUUGAGGCCACUGAGCUUCUGGGCUCCGUUAGUGUCUUGGUGAAGUCGGCAACUAACGUCCGGCUUCUUUUACUUGGGGACACCAAAGUUUGCAGCUGCUGGGUGUUACCGUCAGUCGUGGCCCGUCACGACAUACUACCGCUUCUGAUAAUCCAAAGAAAGCGAGCAGCUCAAGAGCUUUUGAUUCAGGACGGCAUAGGAUUGGGCUCUUCCGCAUCGAAUCCUGCCUUGUUCGCCUUGGCACUUCGAGCUGGAUGUGUAGCGGAACAAGCCGAAGACAUCCUCGAUGAGUGGAUUAAGGUCGUUUAUUCUUAUGAAACUUCUGCCGAAUACCUCCCGUUGAAGGCCUAUGAGGAGGCUUUGAGAACCAAGGGAGUCGACCAGCGAAGCACGUCGGCUUUGCCAACAUCGUUGUUGACUCCGGCCUGGUCCUGCAGUGGGGUUCAGCAAUUACUUGCAGCUCGACACCUCGCAACUCUCCCAAUCGAAGAAGUACUCGCCUUCUACUAUGCAAAUCCAGGCUCUUCACAGCCAGUCAUUAGAAGCUGUUUGGUCCGUCUCGCAGGCUCUCCCAAAGCGGAAACACUGUUGGAACGGUUGCUUGACAGGGCGUCACCAGAAUCUCAUCGCGCUGCCCUGCUUAUUGCCGACCUCGUUCCCAAAGACUCACAAUUAGAACAGUCGGUAGCCGAACUGGUGUUGGAAGUCGUGGAAAGGGGCUUGUUGAAUCCUAUGGAGCGUGAGAAAUCUGGACGCAUUCUUUCCUCUCUGGGCGACCCCCGCAACCUGACGGCCCUCGCACAAAUACCCGCUGGAACAUUCGUCAUGGGCUCUGAAAGUCAUCCCAACUCGCAACCACAAAACUCUAUCUCACUCGGUAGUUUCCGCAUUGGCAUCUAUCCAGUCAUCAACAGGGACUAUUCGGCGUUUGCUCGGGAGACCGGCCGAGACUGGCUCAGCCCGGAUGGAACGGACCCGGAAAGGUUGAACGCGCCAGCUACUGAUCUCACCUGGCACGAUGCGUGGGCUUACUGCAAGUGGCUGACAGAACGGUGGCGGUUGAGCGGGAAAAUACCGCCAGACCACGAGGUCAGACUUCCAACGGAGCCCGAGUGGGAGCGGGCGUCUCGCGGCGACCAGUUCGAGGCUGGCAGCGAGGGGCUGGUGUAUCCCUGGGGCACUGAGUGGGAAGCCGGUGGUGCAAACUCAGAGGAGGUCGGUUUCAACAAUACUUGUGCAGUUGGGUUGUUUCCAAAGGGUCGCUCGCCCUACGGGUGCUAUGACAUGGCGGGUCAGGUGUGGGAAUGGUGCACGACUCUUUGGGGCGAAGAUAUGGCAAGCCCGGCGUUCAAGUACCCGUGGAAGAAUGACGAACGAGAAGCGUUGCAAGGUCCAGAGAAGGUUCGUCGGGUACUACGCGGGGGAUGUUUCUCCAGCCCAAAAGUCAAAGCCAACUGCACGUACCGAGGGAGUCUUGAACCAGCGGGGUUCUGGAGGGGGAACGGGUUUCGAAUUAUGCCCAUUAUCUCAACCUUCACGCUACCGGACUCCUUGGAAGCUCUUGAACUGCCUGGCAAUCCCGAUGCACCCUUAUUCAUAACAUUUACGACUUCAAACCUCCCGGAAACAGGGGAGUCAUGGUGCCCGGAUGUCAGAGCUGCCUUGCCACACAUCAAUGCCGCCUUCUCGGCCGAGAAGGCGCCGAACAUGGCAUUCGUUGAAGUCGGUCAAAGGCCCGAGUGGAAAGUACCCAAUAAUAUCUAUCGGACCAAGUGGGACGUUCACAACGUCCCAACCAUCGUCCGCUACCAGUUGGUCAAUGGUGAAAUCAAGGAGACGGGACGGCUCGUAGAAGGCGAAAUCCUUGACAAAGGCCGACUGCAAGCGUUGAUUCAACCAUGA